CUUACUCACUUUGCACUGUUAACUUAAAACAUGUGGUUUAUCAUAACUUAUUUAAUGUGUUUCUUGGUUUUAAACAAUUACAGAAAUCAAGUACUAGGAUAUGAAGUAGAAACUAAUGACAUAACUGAUAUUAAAAGCAAGGAUUUAAUUGAAGAUAAUGUAGUUUAUGGUCCUGAAUCAACCUUCACGACAUUUAUGCCACAAAUAAAUAACAAUUCUCGCGUUAAUGGUGGCCAAGACGUUACCAAAGUCGUGCCUUUUCAGGUAUCACUACAACUUUACCGUCGUGGCAAAUGGCAACAUUUUUGUGGAGGUUCCAUCAUAACACCGAAUCAUGUAGUGACAGCGGCUCACUGUGUAGACAAAACGCGUAUUGAGGAUAUGUCAGUGGUUGCCGGUACGUUAAACUGGAGUAGUGGUGGUGAUCGCCACAAAGUAGCUGCCAAAAAAUAUCAUCCACAAUUUUCUAUCAGCCCAAUAAUAAUAAAUGAUAUCGCAGUACUUAAAGUUACACCUCCUUUUAAUCUAUUUAAACCCAAUAUUGGCACUGUAGAUCUAGGCACUACAAGUCGUGUGGGCGAGAAAGUGGCAGUACGUUUAACCGGUUGGGGUUCGACUACACCUACUAUAACCGUGGGCUUACCAGAACAAUUACAAAUGUUAUUCUAUAACACAAUAUCGAACAGUGAUUGUACAAAUCGUGGUUUUCGUGUGACUAAAAGUGAAGUGUGUGCUUUGGCCAUUAAAGGUCAAGGAGCUUGCGUGGGUGACUCUGGUGGUCCACUUGUAACAACACAAACUGGCGUAACACAAUUGGUCGGCAUCGUUUCUUAUGGUACCGCAACAUGUGCACAGGGCAGACCUGAUGUUUACACGAGAGUGUCAAGCUUUUUGCCAUACAUUAAUAGAGUAAUAACGAAUGAUAUACCGUAAAGUUGUUAACAGACAAAAAAUAAAUGUUAAAAUUUAAAGCUUGAAAUUGUUUAAAAAUAAAUAAAAUCCUUGUGAAAAAAAUAUAAUAUUAUGUUAGGAUUGUGAGUCGCAAACAAUUGUGGUUGUAUUGUUGCACAAUGUAUCUAACUUGCUUGGAGACUGCGCUACGUAUCGUUGGGGUUAGGUGAUGAUGCCUGAAGAUACCAAAGAUUG